AUGAGUACGGAUUUUGAUAGGAUAUAUCUCAACCAGUCAAAGUUCAGUGGUAGAUUUCGUAUAGCCGACUCCGGUUUGGGUUGGAAAGCUACUGCAAGUGGCGGUUCUACGGCUAAUCAGACAAAGGCUCCCUUUUUAUUGCCAGCUACGGAGCUUUAUACUGUCCAAUGGAGUAGAGGUUGUAGGGGAUAUGAGCUGAAGAUCAAUACUAGGAACCAAGGAGUCGUGCAAUUGGACGGGUUCUCACAAGAAGACUUUAGCUUGAUAAAGAACGAUUUCCACCGGCGGUUUAACGUUCAGAUAGAGCAGAAGGAGCAUUCGUUGCGUGGUUGGAACUGGGGGAAAGCUGAUUUGGCCAGAAAUGAGAUGAUCUUCGCGGUCAACGGUAAGCCAACAUUCGAGAUUCCCUAUGCCCGUAUAAACAAUACUAAUUUGACAUCGAAGAACGAAGUGGCCAUAGAAUUCAAUAUUCAGGACGAACAGAAUCAACCCGCGGGCGAUGAAAUGGUGGAGAUGAGGUUUUACAUCCCGGGGUUUGUGGAAGAACAAAGUGAAGCUGAAACUGCUCCACGAGAAGAUGGUGUAGACGUCGAUAUGGAUAAACAACCUAAAGAAGAGAAAACCAUGGCGGAGGCGUUCCACGAAGAGCUCAAAGAGAAAGCCGAUGUCGGAGAAGUCGCAGGAGAUUCGAUUGUAUCGUUCCAAGACGUCUUCUUUGCCACUCCUAGGGGCCGUUACGAUAUCGACAUUUACAAAAAUUCCAUCAGGUUGAGAGGUAAGACAUACGAGUAUAAACUGCAGCACCGUCAAAUCCAAAGGGUCGUUUCAUUGCCUAAAGCUGAUGACAUUCACCAUCUGAUCGUGUUGUCGAUUGAACCACCACUUAGACAGGGCCAGACGACCUAUCCAUUCUUGGUUAUGCAGUUCCAGAAAGAUGAAGAAACAGAAGUACAGUUGAAUUUGGAGGACGAAGAUUUCGAAGCCAACUACAAGGACAAACUGAUGAAGCAGUACGACGCAAAGACGCAUAUCGUCCUAAGCCACGUUCUGAAAGGCCUGACCGGCAAAAGGGUCAUUGUACCUGGUGCUUUCAAGUCCAAAUACGAACAGUGUGCCGUUUCCUGUUCAUAUAAAGCCAAUGAGGGUUAUCUGUAUCCGCUCGAUAACGCAUUCUUCUUCUUGACCAAGCCCACGCUUUACAUUCCAUUUUCGGAUGUGAGCUCUGUCAACAUAUCCAGGGCCGGUCAGACGUCUACCUCAUCCAAAACGUUCGAUUUGGAAGUUCUUCUCCGCUCCAAUAGAGGUUCCACUACAUUUGCUAAUAUCAGCAAAGAAGAACAGCAGCUUCUGGAACAGUUUUUGAAAUCAAAGAAUCUCAGAGUCAAGAACGAGGACAAGGAAGCCCAAGAGAGACUACAAAGCGCGUUAGGUUCCGAGAGUGACGACGAAGACGUCAAUAUGGGAUCGGCUGCAGAAGAUGAAGAGUCGUUCGAUGAAGAGUUUCAAGCAAGCUCCGAAGACGAGGAUGUCGCGGAGGAAUACAACUCCGAUGCUGGAAGCAGUGAUGAAGAGGGUGGAAGUGAUAACGAAAGGCCCGCUAAGAAAGCCAAAGUCGAGUGA